GAUUGGCUAAAAUGAGAUUUCGGGUUUCAAGGGUUUCGAACCAAUCAUAGAAUAGAAUUUAGAAUUUUAAUUAUAUUUGUUAAUUUCCGGAAGUCAAUAUGCCUGUCAUGGCGCAAUGCGAUGUAUGAAAAAAUACUCGUAUAUAUACGUUUACUUUCUGGUUUUUGCUUGUUUUUAAUAGUUAUUAAUUGCUCUGAGUUUUGUAAAGUAGACUCUGCUGUGAUAAUGCGCUUCUUCAAUCAUUCUGGCGACCGACAACAACAGCGAUAUAAUUUGAAACCAUGAUAUUGAAGGACAAGCAAUGGAGGCCACAUGCUUGGCAGUGCUCUGUUGUUGGGGAGCUUUUUGAAAUGUUCUGCCUGACUGCAAGUGUUGUCCACCAUUUUGCUGUGUUUGGCGAUAAGAAGGACUAUAUAGUUUUAAAAGUGAGACAUGAUAAUAUAAUAAGUACCAGAGUAUUCAAGAAAUUGUUAACCAAGCCACUUACAGGGGCAGGCUCAUUUUCUCUUUCUGGUUCAUUGGUGCUACCACACAAGAACUAUGCAAGACAUGGUUCAUGUCCAUCUCAUUUGGAUGUAAUAUGGUAUAUAUGGACAGGAGUUAUUGCCUGAUCUGAUGUUGCUUUAUCCCCAGAAUCUUCACUUUCAUGAAUUGGCCAUUCAAGAUUGAAUUUAUCUGCUCAUAAUAAAUGAUAUGCAGGGAAUCAAAGAUAUUUUCCAUUUUCAUUUAAGAUUUUUACAGUCAUCCUGAACAGCAAACAUCAUUGAUGUGCUUGAUGUUUUAUCUGACAUACUCUUCAGAAAUGCUGAAACAUCCUGUGUGACAGAUGGUACAUUAAACAGUGUAUACAGAUUCGCAUUAAAAAUAAAAAUGUAAAACAGGUAUGUUCUUUAUUCUUAGGGGAUUUCAAUUUAUUGCAAAGUGUUGCGUGAUCACUUUCUUUUCAUAUGGGUUCACAAUCAAGGUCAUUAGGUGCACUUAAUUAAUGUACACAGGACUAUCU